GUCGCCUAAACCGUACGCAUGCGUCUCGAUCUACUAUAUUAUUUUAACUGCUUGCGUCGUAGGAAUCUACCGCCGAAAAUGUCGCGAGUGGCUUUAAUAGUAUUUCUAGUCAUUAGUAUUUUAAGUCUUCAGUGUGAGAUGAUGGGUACAUGCGCAAACUGUGCGAGUGCAGACCUGACGGUAGCUGAGCUGAAUCAGGCCAGGCUGGCGUUCGUGAAACAGCAAAUCCUGAAGAAGUUACGGCUGAGCAAGAAGCCGAUAGUCGGGCUUCCUGUGAACAGUCUGCCGAUGCCGGUGGCUCAGGGGCAGACGCUGAACGAACGGACGGACAAACCGCCGGAGUUCGAUGAUUAUUAUGGACGGACAGAACAGAAGAUCAUAUUCCCAGUGGAAGGUGAAUGCUUGACGUCGGGUCGGUAUCCCUUCAAGUGUCUGCAGUUCGAGUUACCACCAGAUGUGGAGCCAGAAGAGGUGGCAGUUGUGGAGCUGUGGUUCUAUAAGGAACGCGAUCCGUUGGACGAAUACAACCAAACCUUCGUCAUAUCUGAAGCAGCACAUUGGGACAGUCAGCAGCAAUUCAAGAAGACCAGGCCAAUAGCUAUAAAGGAGACGGAUAUUGGAGAAGGCUGGGUGCGGGUGGAACUGGCGUGGGCCGUCAGGGUGUGGCUUGAGGGACGCGAGCGAUUGCACACGCUGCAUGUAGCGUGCAGGACUUGUCAGCUUCGGCGUGCACCACUCUCAUUCCACAAGAAGCACCGUCCGUUCCUCGUGCUCUACACCAAGUAUGCUGGUAAACACCGUCGUGGUCGAGCGGUGGAUUGUUCAGCGACCACUAGCGAGUGCUGCAGGGAGCCGCUGUAUGUGAGCUUUAAGGAGCUGGGCUGGGAUGACUGGAUCAUCAGACCGGCGGGCUACCACGCCUACUUCUGCAAGGGCACCUGUGCUCCAAUAUCUGCUGUCACCACCGCGGAAAGUUAUCAUCACAAUAUUAUUAGAAAAUAUUUCUACACGGUAUCAAAUAAGAAAAUCCAGUUCAACCCGUGUUGCGCGCCUACCACAUUCAGCUCGUUACAACUGUUGUAUGUGGACUCAAACAAUACGGUCACGCAGAAAACCUUACCGAACAUGGUUGUGGAAUCGUGCGGUUGCAUGUGACCGUUCAUUAGUGCUCCAGUGAACUUACAGACUAAGGUGUUAAGUGUUCAAUCUACUUACUGACUCAGUGAUAUUUGCUAAAUAUAUACAGUGGACAAUUGAUUUGAUAUUAUAGUUUAAAUUGUUAUUUAUACUAAAAAUAGUUGCAAUUGUAUGAUUGGAUGGAGAUAAAAUAUUGUGAUAUUUUUUGUUCUCCAGAUGUUUGAUUAGGGAUAGGAAAUGUUUUACUGCUGACAAAUCGUAUCUACUUACUAUGUGGGUUUGAUAGGCCGCUGAUGUACAGUCGGUCAGUUGUUAGGUGGCGGAUCUCUGAGGGUGGAGUAUAGCAGCCAAAUACGACCGACUGUAUAACAUCCGCCUAAGGCUGUUGAUAUUAUCUUUUGUUUUGAACAGAUUGAUAUUGAAUUAUGUCUUAAUAUAAGGCGAAUCAUACUCUUCAAAACUGAAACUAUCAAAUACAAUACUUCAUACUUACUACUAAACUAAAAAUUUCAAUGUCAAAAUAAUGAAUUGCAUCGAAUGAAGGUCUUGAUGAUUUCCAGUGAGAUUACCGAUACUCUGUAAUAUUUUUACGAGAACUUUGUUUUUUUAGUGUUAGUAAGUAUAUUAAAGGAUAGUAAAUAAAUUUUAUAUAAUUAAAAUCCUAUAAUGACUCUUUUAAAAGCAUAUUUUUAGGACCGUUUGUCUACAACUGUGGAGUGUAGCAGUGAACAUUUUCAUAUUCCCUUUGUGUUUGGGAAACUCUUUUACUUAAGUUUAAAUUGUGAUAUAGUAAGUUUUAAAUAAUUAUAAUUGUACAGGAUUAGUCGUAAAAUACAUAUAUACGUAUAUA